ACUGUGGAGACUACCUGGUGAUGCGGAAAACCUCUUCAUCCAAUUCUGUGACAACAUAUGAAACCUGCCAGACCUACGAACGCCCCAUCGCCUUCACCUCCAGGUCAAAGAAGCUGUGGAUUCAGUUCAAGUCCAACGAAGGGAACAGCGCCAAAGGGUUCCAGGUCCCCUAUGUGACAUAUGAUGAAGACUACCAGGAACUCAUUGAAGACAUAGUUCGAGAUGGCAGGCUUUACGCAUCUGAGAACCACCAGGAAAUACUCAAGGAUAAGAAAUUGAUCAAGGCUCUGUUUGACGUCCUGGCCCACCCCCAAAACUAUUUCAAGUACACAGCCCAGGAGUCUCGAGAGAUGUUCCCAAGAUCUUUCAUCCGAUUGCUACGUUCCAAAGUGUCCCGGUUUUUGAGGCCUUACAAAUGACUGCCCACGCGCCAUUCAGUGCAAAUGCCCCGCUGUGGGCUUGGUGGGCGGAGCUGUCCGCCUUCUGCAUGCCGGCUCACAGUCGGAAAUCACCGCCUCCAGCAUUAGUGACUCGUUAGAGUUCAAUUUUUAUCGAUAAUACAGAUAUUUUGGUAAACUGAACUUGUUUUUUCCUUCUCAGCAUUGUGGAUGUGGACUAGAAGGGCUUUGAGUGACACUGGCUUCUCAAUGCUGUGAGCACGUGUCUUGCAUAUAGUAAAGGCUGGCUGAGCUGGACUUCAGUCAGUAUAGGGGAGACUCACCUGUCCUUCCUGGUUCUCACUCCCCCUGCAGUCUGCAGCGGAAAGGAGGUCACAGAAGGGAUUGCUUUGUCUGAUUCCCCUUUUCCUCCAGCCUCGUUCUCCCUGAGGGAGGUCAUGCACUCAUUUGCAGGCUCCCACCAGGCAGAACAGGAAAGUGAGCGCUCCAGGCACCAUCGCCCACCCUGCAACUGGGAGGAUUUGGUUUCCCCACAGCAUUCUUCAGUUUCAUCCUAGGAGCUUGAGUUCUAAGCAGUGAUCAUUAAAAAAAUAAUAAUAAUACUGAAAGCAGAAAAAAUUUGAAAUCAGAAAGAUAAAAAUGAAGUCUUUCCAGAGACAUAAUGUGUACACACUGUCCACCUAGGUGCCAGGUCACCACCAGCCCCAGCCUGCCAGAGCCCAGAGCUGGUUGUAGCACCCUCCGCUGUGCCCUCAGACAUGCUGAGCACUGUGCUAGGGGUUGCAGAGCUCUGCCUGGAUGUGAUCUCCGUGGUGGAUGGCAAUCAUCUACCAUCACAGAAAGGAGAUUUCACCAACCCUAAGUCACUACUGCAAGGCUCUGACUUCCACCAGGGGGCUCCCACCCAGCAGGGCUGAAGUCCUGGUGGAACUGGUGAGGCCACAUGCCCUGUGUGCUUUCCUUUCCCAGCCUGCAAGGGCAGAGCUGACUGUGCUCCGAGGCAUGGGCAACAGGCUCAGGGCAGCUCCACUUACCAAGAGCAGCUACAACCUGGCCUCUAAGGGCCACAAAGUCAUGUCCUGCUGGUCAGCACAGUGGGACCUCACUAGCAUUCCCUCCCACGUGAAUUUGAAUUUUCAAUAUUACUGCAUUUUUAAACAUUUAAAUCCCUGGCAAAAAUCUCAUUAUCAAGAAUCCCAUCAAAUUAUCUGCUAUUUCCCUAAUGGUUGGACUGACAGCACUCAGCCAUAGCGUUUUGUUAUUUCUGUGACAGUUCUACACACAAUUUUGUAUACCAAAGUACUAAAAAAAUGUUUAACAGGUAUUUUUGAAGAAAGCAAAGAUGAUUUCAUCAUGACUGUAUUUGCCUUUCACCUCAGUGUUGCUGUUUUUAACCUUUAAUAACACUGAUUUCUAAAAAGCCUUUAUGAAAUGUUUUUUCUGUAUUUGGAUGGGUCCUUAGUGCUGAUUUACAGGUUCUCUUCAAAAGUGUCAUCAUCUUCAUUUUCAAAAAAUCAUUAAA